AAUAUAUUAGGCUCCUUCCCCGACUGGCAGAGAAACCAUGGACGGGAAGAAGAAAGAAAUGGAGAAAGAAACAGAAAAUACAUGUAAGAGAUGCAAGAAGAGCUACACCACAUCUUCCAACACUUCCUCUUCGUGCCGUUUCCAUCCUUCUUUCUUUGUUUGUCGUCGUCAUGACGACCAAAAGAGGUACUAUGAGAUGAAACCUGAUGAUCCACCGUAUGCUGCCAAGUUCUAUGACUGCUGCGGGGCUGAGGACCCUGAGGCUUUUGGCUGCACCACCAGUUUCCAUGUCUCAUAUGACGAUGAUUGACGUGCCAUCUCCCUCAUUCACCUGAAUCUCAUCCAAAGAUUAGAUAUGUAUAUUUAUACAAAACUGUGUUCUUAAUCUAAGUGUUAACCAUCCGAGAAUAGGGUUGUCUAAUUUAUGUCAUUUUCUAUGUUCCAGAAUAUGGGGUUGUUAUGGUUUGAGUUUCACUAAAUUUAGCAUGUGUGGUCCUGCGGCUUCCACCUUUUAACUGAUUGUGGAUGUCGCAGGGAAGAAUGUGCCGCCUGAUACUCUGUGUUCCUGUCGUGUUUUGGUUGUUCUUCCUGUGUUGUUCAAUGGAGUUGGCCCUCUUCUUAA